AUGGAUGGGUAUGUGAAGCAGGGGAAGCUUGCUGAGGCUAUUAAGGUUAUGGAUGAGCUGGAGGAUAAUGGGGUUGGCGCCAAUGAGGUUACUUAUGGGGUUAUGAUUGAAGCUUAUUGUAAGGAGAAGAAGUCGGGCGAAGCGGUUAAUUUGCUUAAUGAUGUGGUGGAGGAGAGGGAGAAAGUGUGGGAAGCCAGGAAAUUGUUUGAUCAGUUUGAGACGAGUGAGCCUCCAGAUGUCAUGCCUUACAACGUGCUUAUUUCUGGGAUGUCUGAAGUGCGGGAGUUGUGUGAUGCUUGUCAAACACAUUUCAUGUAUGCAAAUGCCACUACUUCAUUUAAUCAACCGGUGUCUGCCUACCCUGGACCACUGAUGCUUGUUUCAAUCCUGUGCCCAGAUCCGUAUUUUAAGAGAAAGCAUCACAAGAGACGGGUUGUACAGAAGCCUUUAAUAGAUUCCAUUGUGAAUAAUUUAGCUCCCCGCGGACAGAGUCGACUCCUCGUCCGCUGGGAAAUUAAGCUUCCAAAAUCCUCAACAGGAGCUGAGUUUUUGGAUUACUUCCAUUACUCUCCGAUUGGAGCCAAAACCGCAGAUUUCAUCGUUUAUACUUUUCAUUCCAACACAACACAAUUUCCUCCACUCCUACACCGUCACCCCUCCGAUCCAAGACGGGCCCCACCGCCUCUCCCCGAGCCCAAACUCGAUGUCGCCCUCCAAAUCUUCCACCACGCCUCCAAAUACCACCCCGGAUUUCACCAUAAUUACCACAACUACCACGCCAUCAUCCGUCGCCUCCUCCGCUCCCGUACUUUUCACUUCAUCGACCCCCUCCUCUCCGACCUCCGCGCCUCCGAUCUCCGAUGUAGCGAAGACCUCUUCAUCUCCCUAAUCCGCAAUUACGGCGUCGUUUCACGCCCCAAACUCUCCUUCAAGACAUUUAUCACCAUUCCGAAAUUCAGCUCCCAACUAUCCGUGAGGUCCUUGAAUGCGUUGCUGAACGCUUUGGUUCACUCGGAGAGGUUCGGGGUGGCCCCGAAUGUGUUUAGUUGUAAUAUAUUGAUCAAAGCACUGUGUAAGAGAAAUGAUUUGGAGACUGCACACCAGGUGCUCGAUGAAAUGCCUGCCAUGGGAUUUGUGCCCAAUGUCGUGACUUUUACUACCAUUUUGGGUGGUUAUGUGUCGCGGCGCGAUAUGGUUGGUGCCAAGAGGGUGUUUGGUGAGAUUUUGGACAGAGGGUGGUUUCCUGAUGUGACUACUUAUACCAUAUUGAUGGAUGGGUAUGUGAAACUGGUUGUGGCUAUUAAGGUCAUGGAUGAGAUGAAGGAUAAUGGGAUUGGCCCAAUGAGGUUACUUAUGGGGUUAUGAUUGAAGCUUAUUGUAAGGAAAAUAAGUCAGGAAAUUG